AUGAAGCGGAUUCUCGAGCCAUCUCCCGUCAUUUUGCCAGCCGCUCCAGAGGCGCCAACCGUCUCAACACGUCCACGACGCACCCUCAAGAGGACUGCUUCGGCUGCGUCGCUGCCAACUCCACCACGUACAACACACAAGAAGCGUCGGAAGAGGAAUGUAGACAGUGACGAGGAAGAGGAAAAGGGCAUGCCGUCAGAGGACGAACUCGAAAGCAGCGAGGAUGAGAAACCACCAAAGCCCGCCCCUCGUGCGCUCUACAAGCCCAAGAGUGUCUCCAAAAAGGCUACAAGGGACAAGAAAUUGACAGAGGAAGAAGCAGAGAGUCAGUUCUGGCUGGGUACGCCAGAAGGCACGGCGUCACCAGAGCCAAAGGCGUCGAAAGCAGACAAAAAGGUCAAAAAGGCUCCUCGACAAUCGGAAAUACGCCAGUGUCACCUCCUCCGUCUCGAACCAAUCAACUCCUCGUCAUCUGGUGGUGGUCAGCCGCUCGCUUUGCCUGAUGGAGAUGAAGAUGGACCCAUUCAAGACUCUCCUCACAACAUCUUCCUGACGGGAUCCAAAGCGGCACACCCAAUAGUCCCCCUCGCAGAGGAAGGAAGCGACAUCGAACAGGAGCCAACCGUCACAUAUGUAUUUCGUGGCAAACGGAUAGAAUUUCCGAAUCCUCUAUACAACCUUCCUCCCGAAGCUCAUGAACGGUCCAAGCUGCCCGUGUGCGAUCCAAACUUUAGCCCGUCUCCAACUAUCAGACCAAAGAGGCUAUUCGCAACGGAGAUUGCAGCCGCCACCACGGGAAAGAGGCGACGAAGUCCUAGCCUCCCCUCUCCGUCCCCAUCUCCUACCAGACCAAAACGAAAGGCUACCACGAUCAAGAAGCAGCGUGCGGUCACUUCAACAGUAUCAUAA